AUGCGCUCCUCAACAGCAAGUUUGAUUUUGGCCUUCUGCGCCAUGUUGGCAGUUCAGGCAGCUCCAAUGGAUACAACUACCAAUGUCGCUCGUUCAGUUUCUAGUACUGAGGCAAGAGCAGAGUUCGGAGUUGUUGCUCGUGAUAACGAUUACGAUGCGGAGGGUAAUGAGAUCGAUACAAAUGGAAAGUUGAUCGAACGUGAAACUGGUUAUAACGCAGCCGGGGACGAAAUCGAUGAGAACGGAAACGUCAUUGAAAAGAGAGCCAAGAAGAGCAAGAAAGCCCAGACAACCAAGGCACGCGCUGAGACUGGCUACGAUGCGGAAGGCAAUGAGAUUGAUGCCAAUGGUAACUUGAUCGAGCGUGAUACGGAGUACAACGCUGCAGGCGAAGAGAUUGAUGAGAAUGGAAAUGUCAUCGAGAAGAGAUCCAAGACACAUACGCGUGCUGAGACUGGCUACGAUGCGGAAGGCAACGAGAUUGAUUCAAAUGGCAACUUGAUCGAGCGUGGUGCCGAUGGUUAUGAUGCCGAGGGCAACGAAAUCGAUGAGAACGGAAAGGCUAUCGAAAAACGUGAAACCGGUUAUGAUGCCGAGGGCAAUGAAGUCGACGAGAACGGAAAGGCUAUCGAGAAACGUGAAACCGGCUAUGAUGCCGAGGGCAAUGAAGUCGACGAGAACGGAAAGGCUAUCGAGAAACGUGAAACCGGCUAUGAUGCUGAGGGUAAUGAGAUCGACGAGAACGGACAAUUAAUCGAUCGCUCCACCGAUGGAUAUGAUGCAGAAGGCAAUGAAAUCGAUUCCAACGGACAAGUCAUUGAGCGUCAAACCACCAACAAGAAAAACAAGAGAGCCAAGAUCGCACGCAGAGAUUUCAACUACGAGUCCCAAUACGACGAAGCCGGCAACGAGAUCGACGAGAACGGAAACCUAGUCAACGUCUAA